AUGAAUAAUCACCGUGACCCGGACAUCGCAGCAGCAGCGCCGCCACCCGACGCGCAUACGCACGAGACGCCACCUAGCGGCCAACAGGCGGCGCUCGCAUCGGACUGCGGGGGCGACGAUGCGAGUCGUGUGUGCGAGAGCGACGCUGGCGUCUCCAAGGAGACGGCGGCUGUAGGCGCCUCCAAGGAGACGGCGGCUAGCAAAGCAAGUGACGGCGAGGCGGUGGACGGGGCUUCCUCUGCAAGCUUCCUCUUUGCGGAUUCUCGCGGUACGAGCGGGGAACGUUCGCGGGAGAGUCUCGCCGACAUGACGAGACACGGCGCGGCGGCAGCGGCGACCGUCGUCCCGCGUGCUGACACAGAGGAAGCCGACGUCGCAUCAAUCACUACGACCUCCUUAUCCCGCGACAUCGCCCAGCCUAGCGCAGCUCGCGCAUGCGCUCUACCCGGCAAGCCGUCGGCAGUGCACGCCGACGCCGACGUCGCUCGCCCGGCAGUCGACGAGACGCGCACCGCAGCGCCGCCGGCGUUGGCUCCCGUUGUCAUGGCGACGGAUAGCGUCGACGACGAGGCCGAGCGUGAGGACACGUUUGGCGAGGCGCCGCUGACUCCUCUCAUACCGAGCAAGACGGUGGAUGGCGGGGGCGGGCUGAUGGAAGCUGCAGAGCAGGCCGGCGGCACGGCGGCGGCGGCGGCGGCGGCGGCGGCGGCGGUGAAGACAACUACACGCAACGCUCACUUGCAUAAGAUCGAGAGGUAA